AUGUAUCAGCCACAAGCGUGUGUGUGACGGCACUGCCGACUGUCUCGACUGGUCUGAUGAGGCCAACUGUCUGGAGUUUGAAUGCUUGGCGGGCACCACCCACUGCGUAGGUGGCCACUUGGAGUGCAUCCCAGAAUCCUACAGAUGUGACGGCGAAUUCGACUGCCACGACAAAUCGGACGAAGCCAACUGCCCACAAGACCACACAUCUUGCUUCUCUUUCCAGUUCCACUGCACAUCCGGAAGCCGCGGCUGCGUCCCUCAAUCCUACAAGUGUGAUGGAGACAAAGAUUGCACGGACGGAAGUGACGAAGCCGGAUGUUCAUGCGCCAGCAACCAAUUCCAGUGUGCCAAUGGUGGCUGUGUACCGUCCUCUUGGAAGUGUGACGGCGAUGACGACUGUGGUGACCUCAGUGACGAGACAGGCAACUGCCCCGAGGCCCCCGACUACCAGUGCGACGACGUGCUCACCGCCGUCGACUGCAUGUUGAUGAACCAAACCUCUCACCCGAUCUGUGAAGUGGCCGCCGAUGGACACAGACUCUGCCGUAAAUUCUGCGGCGUCUGCAGCAGCAACUAAGUGUCCAAGCCACUACUACUACUACUACUAGAAUGUAUGGCGCAUUCGUACAGUGGAGUCCGCUUAAACCGAACACGGUUCAUCCGAAAACAGCGGUUAAACCGAAAGGAAAUAGAAUCCACUGUUUUUUAAUGUUGUUUUUGAGUGUGCGCGCGUGUUUGAUUUUUUAUUUCUCUUCGCUAUUUCAGCAAUCUUUCUAAACCGAAAACUCGGAUUGACCGAAAUAAAUCAGACGGUGCCGUGAAUUUCGGUUAAUGCGGACUCUACUGUGCCUAUCCACCAAGAUCUCAUAUCAUUGUAGCAAAAUAUUAAAAGCUGCAGCAAGCGAAACAAUACGAGGGGACUGCAGUACGCAAUGAUAAUGAUUUUCAUGAUCGAAAAAAAAAAGCAGACUUUACGUUUAUGAUGCCAGAUAUGAUGGCAAAUGAUGAUCUAACAAGAAAUUACACGAAGAACCUCGUUUUCCAUCCGA